UUUGAAUCAAAAUAUCAAAACGAAUUUUACAGCAGAAUUCCUACCAUCGUAAGCUAACAAAACACUUUGUCAAUAUCGAGAAAAUAGUACUGUGUAAUAAAUAGUUAUAAGUUAUUAGCUUCCGACAUGACGCCAUUGUUUACAAACACAGGCACCGGAAGUGAGACUGGCAAAAACAAGAUUACGGAAAGAGUGGCCAGAGAGAGAAGGAGGGGGGGAGAGAGAGAGAGAAACAGAGAGAGUGACGUGCGCAUGUAUCAGUCGGACUAGUAGCUAGCUACACAGCAAAAUCUGUACAAUUUAGCCAGACACCUUCACUACUUUAUUGUGUUUUACAUUGUAUGGAUUAGGGGCAAAGAAUAACGUUUUUAAACACCUAAAGACGUGCAGAAAGGUCGCUAUGAGUUUGUGAAAUUCAAAAUCUGAGCUCAGAAACCCUUCUUAACCUCCAGAUCUUCACCCUUCAGUGAUCAGAAAGCCUCCCUGUGACUCAGCUGUUCCCAGAAUUAGGCAACUCUAAAACAACACUACUAAGCAGAGGUGUGCUGAAAAACUGCCUCUCAAACAGUUUUGGGCAUGAAAGCAAGGACGUACCAAGUUUUUCACUUCAGUAGGAAUUGAUAUAAAAUUUCUGGCUUUUUGACGCAAGUGAUUGUUUUUAAGAGACUGCCACAGGUAGAAAUCAGGAAUCAGCUUCAGAAAUCCCUCAAGAGCUAAAACUCAGGAAUAUGAAGUAAGCAAAAAUACAAUUGUGGGGGGAAAAAAAACAAAGUCACUGCCAGAUUUUUUUAUUUAUUAGAACUGAACUUUUUUUUUUUUUUUUAAACGUGCUGUUUCAACAAAAGUUCGAUUACCUCUGUGUAUUGGAAGCACACAAUCUCUGCUGUCAGGUCAUGGCAGAUUCUUGCCCAGACACCGUUGAUGGUGAGAUUAUAGGCAUUUCUGAGGGACAACAAUUAAAUACAACCAAAAAUGAGGACUUUGACCCUGGUAGACCACAGGAUAAGAAAAUCAGCCAAAAAGAGGGUGUUACCACCCUUGAGCAAUCCUCUGGGAGUAUGAAAGAUGACCUCACACCAUGCAAAGGUCCUCCUACAACCUCAACUUCUCUUGAAGAUGAUGCUAAUGCGGCUCAAUCGACCUCUGUGACCAGUAAAAACCAAGACAAAACCGAUGAAUCCGAGAUCAUCAAUAGCCAAUCCUGCACGCCCAGCCAGUCAGAAGUGACGCCCACUUUCUCAGUGGCUAGCCUGGAGUUCUCCGAGGAGACUAAUGGGAUUCCUCCUGAUGGAUCUUUGAUUUCACCCAAAUCUGCUCAGGAUGGAAACCAAGUCCCCUCUCAGGGGAACGAAGGGGUCGGUGCGGGGGCUGCUAGGGCUUCAGAGCCUGGGAUGCCAGCGUAUUAUUUUGUCAAGUGGAUUACCUGGAAAGAGAAGAAGACGGCCAUCAUCACGCAGAGCGAGAACGGACCCUGCCCCCUGAUUGCCAUCAUGAACAUCCUGUUGUUGCGAUGGAAGGUGAAGUUCCCGGCUCAGACGGAAGUGGUCACCACAGAAGAGCUGAUGGCUCACCUUGGUGAGUGUGUGCUGUCCAUCAAACCGCGAGAGACAGCGGAGGGCAUGGAGCUCAAUUUCCAGCAGAACAUGAGCGACGCGAUGGCUGUGCUGCCAAAGUUGUCCACAGGCCUCGACGUUAACGUGCGUUUCACAGGUGUGUCUGACUUUGAGUACACACCUGAGUGCAUCGUCUUUGAUCUGCUCGACAUUCCGCUCUACCACGGCUGGCUCGUCGACCCGCAGAGUCCUGAGGUGGUGUCUGCAGUUGGAAAACUCAGCUACAACCAACUGGUGGAGAAGAUCAUAGACUUCAAGCACUCGACGGAUAGCAGUCAAGUCAGUGAAGGUUUGAUAGCAGAGCAGUUUUUGGAGUCCACAGCAACCCAGCUGUCGUAUCACGGCCUGUGUGAGCUCAACACCACCGCCAAGGAGGGCGAGCUGUCUGUGUUUUUCAGGAACAACCACUUCAGCACUAUGAUAAAACACAAGGGUCACCUUUACCUGCUGGUCACAGAUCAGGGUUUCCUGCAGGAGGAGAGCGUGGUGUGGGAGAGUCUCCAUAAUGUGGAGGGGGAUGGGAAUUUCUGUGACUCGGACUUCAGAUUGUGUCACCCAUCCCAGAAACCCACAGCAGCCAGCCAGCCCUCCGUGCAACAGCAGCAAAUGCAGAUCGACCAGGUGGACUAUCUGGUGGCGAUGUCCUUGCAGCAGGAGCAGGGUGAAGCUCCGGGACCCUUGAGUGAUCUUGAGCUGGCCAGACAACUGCAGCAGGAGGAGUAUCAGCAGCCACAAACACAACAGCAGCCGCCCACAGCAGGACAGAUGAGAGGUCAAGCCGCAUCGCAGCAGGGAGGACAGAGGCGCCGGGAAAAGAAGGAAGACUCUGAUUGUUGUAUUCUUUAAGUCCGAGUCCACUCACCACCACCAUAAGCAGACUCUCUAAAGCCACUUGAGCUUCAGUUAACAUGUUCUUCUUUACCACUACUGAAACAAGGGACUUCACUCUUAUCUGACCUGUCGUCCCGACACCAAGCCUGCCUUUACAGUACGGUUGUCCCCCUCGUUUUUGCCUUUCCUUAAUCCUCAUGGUUGGAACUGUUGCUCAUCAUUGUCUACAGGACCAAAUAAAGGUAGCAUCUGUUUCUAAGCACUAAUGAAGUAUCUGUUUGAGUGCUAGUAUGGAGCGCCUAACUAUGCCCUUGAAGACUGUAUUGGUAAAUAAUCAGGUAUUGUUAUAAGAAUUUAAUAUUACACUGAAAUGCUACUGUCUCAAGUUGAUCUGUACAUAGUUUCAUCUAAAGUGAUGUACAGUACAUUAAAUACGCCGUACUCUGUGCUUUGAUUCGCUCAGCACACCGUGGAGCUCCAAAUAUUCUGUAAGCUGAGCUAAUAAAAGCCACUUCUGUGUUAACAGGAAA